UUUAAUCAACUCUUUGAUUUUGAACUCUCUCGUUGAGACAUAAAAUAGAUUAUUGAUAAGUAGGUAGAGUUAUAUUCUUAUUGGAAUUGAAUAUGAGUGUAAUUGACAUCAUCGACUAACAACUUUUUUUAUAAUAAACACUAAGAGGAAGAUUAAGUUAUAAAAGGCGAUUCGUGUAUUAUAAUUAAAUCAGUUCACUUGCAUAUGUAAACACAAACGUUCGCAAAAUGAGAUGUGUGAUAGUUUUUUGCGUGCUAGUUUUACUUGUUAACUGUAGUUUUGGGAAAGAAGAUGGAGUUUAUGAGUUGAAAGGAGGUGAUUUGUUUGAUUUAAUUCGGGGCAUACCACCAAAAGAUGGGAAGUUAAAAGUCUCUAAAGUAGUUGAAGAUACAGGAGAGAAACAUCCGGAUGGUAUAUUUUUUAUUCCUGAGGAUUCAUUGUCAGAGGUGCCAGAUGAAUUGCAAGUAAAGCAAGUUUCGUUCAACUGGAGUAACAAAAGUAUCGGGGCACUGAACUUCGUAUACGCGAAUGACUUCUACCUCUCUUUCGAAAUGAAUCGUCUAAGUACUCUAGUCUGUGGCGAACUUACUGAAGAAGACCAUGUGGUUUUGGUAGCACCAGUUUUGGCACCUCCGAAAGCAGCUAGAGCCAGGGUGACGGAGACUGCUAAAGAUUUCCCUGUCUUGAUGCUUUUAUCUACAAACGACACUCAACCUAAUAUUGAAGAGCCUAAAGUUGAAGGUGAACCGCAUCCGAUAUACGUGCAGAAACUGGAGGAUCAAAAACCUAUGCAUAGAAGACGUCGAAGGUUCUUGAUACAGAAGGCUAGAAAAUACUAA